AUGUUGCUCCUCGGCGUCAACGCGCAUCCGCCGCCACACCUCCGAUGCCUCUCUACAUCACUGCCGCUGUCUCUUUGGCCCGACCUCUCUGGUAAUCGAUCCUCACAGCACAAGCUUGCCGACCGGAUGAGCCACGCUACCGCCACGCCAGCGCCUCCGGCGACUGGCCACACGAAGCAGUAUGUCUUCGUCGACGAGUAUAACCGACACAAGCGGCUCAAGGUCAUGCGCGCCUGCGAUGGCUGCCGCAAACGCAAAAUCCGCUGCGAUGGCGCUCUACAGAACGGUCCAUGGCCGUGUGGAGCAUGUGUGCGUCUCAAACUCAAAUGUGUGCCACCGACUUUGGAUCAGGACGACGACCAGCAAACCGCCGGCUCUACCGCCGGCACUCAGCAGUUUUCAUUCCAGAACACCACAUUUCCGGCCACCGGUCCGAUCGACACGAAACAACGCUCUCAAAAUGUCCUGACUGCCCAACCGCAGAUGGUCCACGAGUGGGCCAACGGAGUUCCGCCUUCCUUGGAUCCACCUCCUCCGGCCUCAACUCCAGGUCUCCGCCCUGACCUUGAUUACUUGCAAUCGUUCGACCGAACCCCAUCAUCCCGUGCUGAUGCCACUCAGCCCGUGAAUGCCUACUUCGAGUCGGACGCAGCACAAUCCGACUACGACUCUCGCGGGCACCCUGCAUUUAUCCGCUCCCAGACUGUGGGCUCGAGUAGUUCUGGUGGCGAUCCACAGGAUGUCGAUGCCACUGUGCGAGAAUUAUCGCACCAAAUGGGUGACCUGCAGAUCGAUGUCACAUCUGCCGCACCUUAUAUCACGAACCAACAGCAAAUAUCCGCUGACGCUCCGGCGAUGGAGGAAGCAGAGGUCGUCCUGCCGGCUUCUGUUCUGGCCGAUCCAGUCGCACGCAUACCGCCUGAGAUGAUGCCUUCGGAGGAGAGGGCCAUGGACUACUUUGGCUACUUCUUUGAGCACAUCCAUCCCUACGUUCCUGUACUCAACAAAGGCGCAUUUCUGGACCAGUGGCGAGUGGCACGGAACACGAUCUCGCCUCUGCUCCUCGAGGGCAUAUUUGCCAGUGUAGCAAGGUAUCUGGAAGAGCAGGUGGAAUCCCGAAGGUGGCUCGCGCUUGCCUCCCGCCACGAGGAGCGCUUCAAGGACGUGCCGAGACUGAGUACGAUCCAAGCCAUGUUGAUACUGAUGAAAGCAAGGGAGAGCAUAUCCAAGCGUGGGUACUACUACCGUUCAUGGAUGGAUACGAAGUACAUGAUCACGAUGGGAUUGGACCUUGGUCUUCACGAUCAUCGCGAGCAGCAUCGGAUGGGAAAUGCCUGCAAGUUGAGAAAGCCAGACUGCAUGAUGAGAACACGAAUUUGGCAAGCCUUAUUCACGCUGGAAAUCCUGGUAGGGGCUCCGCAGGGACGGCUGGAUUAUUCCAUCGAGCUCGACACGGUGGACGUUGACAUGCCAAUUCCCUCUGGCGAUGUCAAUUCAUUCGAGCUUCAAGCGUCACGUCAGAGUACAGUAAUGGCGCAAUCAGUCCGAAACAUCAAGCUGUCGAAUGUGCUAUGGCAGGCCAAUCGACGCCAUAGGAAGGACUGGGCAUUGGACCCGGCCUUCGUACGGCACAACGAAGACCUCCCCGCCUGGCUGAAACAUCUACCGCCAGACUUCCAGAUCCAUUUUCCGGAGGAUGGCAGUCCGCCGUGGCUAGGUGGCGACCACUAUGUCGCUGAUGUCAACUGUUACCAUCACUUGGUGGUGAUCAUGCACCACAGACCUCAGCUUCAAGCACUGCUUGACAAAGGAGAUCCCGACUUCAAAGGCCAGCUAGACAUCUGUUUGGACGCUGCAGUGCGCAUGUGCCGCAUUCAAGAGGCGCUAUAUCGCGACUUUGGUUUUCACGGACUGCACUUCAUGAUUCGGGGAGUCAACUACACGAUCUACUGUGUCUUGACAUGUACCAUGCUACACUUGGCUGCCAUCACCUCACCUGAUCCUGUAUUGAACAGCCAAGCAAGGCAGUACUUUGCCCGACACAUGCGUGUUCUGGAACACUGUCUACCCUCAUCCACACCGGAGAUGCAAGUCCAAAUCAAUGCGCUCCGCGAAGCCUUUAGCGCCGAUACGUCACUACCGUUCGAAUUGAAAUCGACAUUGGGAUUGAGAAGUCCAGUAAUGGAGAACCAGUCGACGCCUUCGAGCACAUACUCAAACCAGGGCAAUGCAGCCCCAUUCCAUACACCUGGAUGGGCCAGCACGACAGAUGCUGCCUCCAGCAAAACUUCAAUGGCGCCGAGUGAAUAUGGCACCUUCAACAACAUGCCUGGCCAGCCAAUACAGAGUCGGCCUGGAAUGCCGUUCCAUGCUAACAGCUUCGAAAUGUCAACGGCGCCCUCAUAUCCGCCGCAUAUCGUCACACAGCUUCCUCAGUCUCAGCAAAUUGGAUUCGCGCUUGAGCCUGUCGUCAGCAAUGAGCAACAUACUCCAGUGUGGGACCCCUCUGGAAUCUUCCAGCAGUGGAACACUGCCUUCGGUGGCGCUCCACCUCCUCAAGCAACCCCUCCCGCCCCUAGAAGCAUGCAGACAACGUUGGCACCAAUGAUGCAAAAUCAGCUUUCGCCGACCGGAGCCCAAGCUGCCUACGGCACACAGCAGAUUCCGACGAUGGCUGCUAGUACACCCCCAGCAAUGCCUGUGGUCACACCCUUGAUGUGGCAAGAUGCAUUUACGAGCGCCUUUGUCUCCGGCCAUGGUCAAAAACGAUACCGGGAAGCCAGCAUCGAUCAUUCAGCAUAUGCGCAAUAUCCCAAUGCCUCAAAACGGCGCGGUUGA